CACUUUCCGCUACUCGACGCCUAAGCGAAAAGCAUUAUUGGAUUCUCGCCGCGUAUUACGCCCCUUAGCGCACUUUAGCACCACUACCCUUCAAGCUCUGCUACUUAAAAAUCGAGCUCGCGCUCACACACACACGCUCUCUCUCUCUGCUGCGUUUCUAGAAAUGGUGGAGAUGGCGAAUCGUUUGGUGCUGGUGGUGGUUUGCUUUUGCUUUUUAUUUGAAGGUUCGAUUGGGCUCACAUUCUCUUCGAAGUUGAUUCACCGUUUCUCUGAUGAGGCAAAAGCGCUUUGGAUUUCGAGAAAUGGUGGUAAUAUGAGUAGCGAUUUAUGGCCUAAAAAGCAUAGUUUCGAGUAUUUUCAGUUGUUGCUUGUUAAUGACUUGAAGAGACAGAGAAUGAAACUCGGUUCGCAGAAUCAGUUGCUGAUUCCGGAACACGGAAGCCAGACUUUCUUCUUCGGGAAUGAGCUUGAUUGGUUACAUUACACAUGGAUUGAUAUCGGAACACCAAAUGUAUCAUUUCUUGUUGCAUUGGAUGCCGGUAGCGAUCUGUUAUGGGUCCCUUGUGAAUGCAUACAGUGCGCUCCCUUGUCUGCCAGUUAUUACAGUUCUUUGGAUAGAGACCUGAGCGAGUAUAGACCCUCUUUAUCUAGCACAAGCAAGCACCUGCCUUGCAGCCAUCAGCUGUGUGAAUUGGGUUCCAACUGCAAAAAUCUCAAGGAGCCUUGCCCUUACAUUGCUAACUAUGCUGAUACUGGAAAUACUUCUAGUUCUGGAUAUUUGAUUGAAGACAAACUGCAUUUGGCAUCAGUUAGCGAAAAUGAAACCAGAAGAAGGGUGCAGGCUUCAGUUAUUAUCGGCUGUGGUAGGAAACAAAGUGGUGGUUAUUUGGAUGGAGCAGCUCCUGAUGGGGUAAUGGGACUAGGACCUGGAAGCAUUUCUGUUCCAAGCUUUCUUGCUAAAGCUGGAUUAAUUCAGAAAUCUUUCUCACUCUGUUUUAAUGAGAAUGAUUCCGGAAGAAUAUUGUUUGGUGACCAAGUGCACGCCUCCCAAAAAUCAACGCCACUGUUGUCUAUAGAAGGAAAUUAUGUUACUUAUUUUGUUGAGGUGGAGUCAUAUUGUGUUGGGCAUUCUUGCCUUAAGCAAUCUGGAUUCAAAGCAUUGGUUGACACCGGUACAUCUUUCACAUUUCUUCCCAGAAAAGUUUAUAAUAAGAUUGUGUUGGAGUUUGAUAAACAAGUGAAUGCAGAAAGAAUUAGCUCCCAGGGAGGACCUUGGGACUAUUGUUACAACACCAGUUCACGCGAGCUUGUUAACAUUCCUGCCAUGCAAAUUCAGUUCCCGAUGAAUCAAAGCUUUCUAGUUCAUAAACCCACAUAUUCUGUUCCUCAGAAUCAGGAAUUCACCAUAUUCUGUCUAACUCUGCAGCAAACUGAUGAGGAUUAUGGUAUUAUUGGACACGACUUCCUGACUGGUUAUCGUGUUGUUUUUGACAUGGAGAAUUUGAAAUUCGGUUGGUCUAGUUCCAAUUGUCAAGAUAUAAGUGAUAACACUGAAGUGAGAGUUGCACCACCUCCAGAUGAUAAAUCACCAAAUCCAUUGCCAACUAAUGAGCAACAGAGCGUCCCUAACAAGAAUGCAGUUGCACCUGCUCUUGCCGGAAGGACUUCCUCUAAACCCUCUUCAGCAUCUCACAAAACUACCUCUUUGCUCCAUUUAGCGAGUACAUUGCUAUUGCUACUGCACAUGUGUUGUCUCGUUGUUUUACCUGUCGAAUGUAACAUGUUCUACCUUUUCAUGUAGCUUAUGCAGUUCUGCUUGUAAAUUCCGUCUUUCCCUAAUUGUCAUGCUCUUCCAACUUCCCGAGGGUUUAUUGAUUGGGGUUGGUAGAGCACCAGAGCUUAUAUAUAUAUAUUUGGUUUUUUGACUU